CCUGCAUUGUCGUUAGUUUAUUUCCGGAAACAGGCCCUUAGGAAGGUGGGAUUUAAGGUUGGGAGCCUCCAGCGGCAGCUGUCAAUUGGUCAGAGAAGAAGAUUGAAGAAUUCAUUGACUAAUGGAAAGUAUUGGCUGCUGAAAGGGCCCAGCCACCCACAAGGUGGGGAGAAGGAAAGUGGCAGUGCUGCCGUAGCUACUGGACAGCGCUCGGGCCGGAGGGCUAUCCGUACUCGGAGCUUACCUUUGACCUUUCCCGCCCGCCUCCGGACCCUAGCCUCCUCGGGACUUUUUCGAGCUAGAUAGCCAGACUCCAGACCAAACCAUGUUUCCGGUGAAGGUGAAAGUGGAAAAAUCAGAGUUGGAGAUGGCUAAAGCACGGAACCAACUGGAUGCUGUUCUGCAGUGUCUUUUGGAGAAGAGUCACAUGGACAGGUUGGGACCUGGUCCAUCCUGGGGUCAUAGGGCUGGUAGCUUUGGCAGGGAGCGUCUGGAUGAAGAAGCGGGGAAAACCCCUUCCGAUACCCACAACAAACUUAACCACUGCACAUGUACAAAGACCUUGGCAAAAGCAACCGGGUCCCCUCAUGUUUGGCACCUAAAGCCCCAAGGGGAUUGCUCCAUUGCAGCCACGGGCAAAAGGCCAUCUGCCCGCUUCCCCCACCAGCGGAGGAAGAAGAGGAGGGAGAUGGAUGAUGGGCUGGCUGAGGGAGGGCCUCAGCGAUCCAACACAUAUGUGAUCAAACUGUUUGAUCGGAGCGUGGACUUGGCCCAAUUCAGCGAGAACACACCACUGUAUCCAAUCUGCCGAGCUUGGAUGCGCAACAGCCCCUCAGUGCGCGAGCACGAACGCUCACCCAGCUCACCACUACCCCCACUGCCUGAGGACGAGGAGGGUUCUGAGGUCACCAACAAUAAGAGUCGAGAUGUGUACAAGCUGCCUCCACCUACAGCCCCUGGGCCACCUGGAGAUGCCUGCAGAUCACGCAUUCCAUCCCCACUGCAACCUGAAACCCAGGGCACCCCUGAUGAUGAGCCAUCAGAGCCUGAACCUUCACCCUCCAUACUCAUCUAUCGCAACAUGCAGCGCUGGAAACGCAUUCGCCAGAGGUGGAAGGAGGCAUCUCAUCGGAACCAACUUCGGUACUCAGAGAGCAUGAAGAUUCUCCGAGAAAUGUACGAUCGACAGUGAUGUUCCCAGCCCCUCCAUCCCAAUAAACAUCAUCCAACCCCA